CCUAUUAUUAGUUCAGUCGGUGUCGGGAUCCCACGCAGUUCGGUCGUCUGCGUUUUCUAAUAAGUUUACAAUGUCCCCAAUAAUGAAUUAUUAACGCGAUUUGAAAUAAUAUAAAAUGUACAUUUAAAAAUCGGAGAUAAAACUAUUGAAGUCUUUUGCCGAUUUAUUUCAUAUAUAGUGGGUACAAAACAAAGUCUUUUAAAGACAUAGAAAAGAUUUUUUAAAUAAAAAAUAAUUAGUAAUAGAAUAGUUAAUCUGCCUGUUUUGUUCAUGAUAUAUGGAACGUUGUGUUUAUAUCUUUUAAUAACAUAGCAAAAAGUUGCUUCUAGAAAAAAGGUUUUUUUGGUAUUGGAAUAUAGAUUAAUAUUAUAAUUAUAUAAUAAAAUAUAUAGAAAUGGGGAAUAUAACAGCGCAGAUAAAAAGUGUUACUGACCCAGAAAGUGUUGCAAGAAAAAAAACAGAAGCAACUUUCGAGGAUGCAGUUGAAUUGACAGGUCACGGCAAAUUCAAUAACUUCGUGCUGUUAACAUGCGGUCUGAUCCUCCUGAACGUGUCAAUGGAAUCCGUGGGCAUCAGCUACGUCAUCACGGCCGCGGAAUGCGAGCUGGACCUCGGCAGUGAGCAUAAAGGACUCCUUAGCGCGUCAGCUUUUAUUGGUAUAGUCAGCACGUCGUUCCUGUGGGGUUUCUUAGGCGACCGGUAUGGGCGGCGCGCGGUGAUGACGCCCGCCAUGCUAGCCUCCGUCGCUUUCUCACUCGCAUCUUCCUUUGCCACCAAUGUCUGGACUAUACUGGUGCUCAGGAUAUUGACUGGAUGUCUUGUAUCAGCGUCCAGUGCUACAGUGUACGCGUACCUGGGCGAGAUGCACGUGAAGUCCCGCCGCGCAGCCGCCAUCGCCUGGGGCUCCGCCUUCAUAUCUUUCUCCUUCAUUAUACUGCCAGGUCUCGCGUGGCUGAUCAUCCCGGGCGAGUGGUCGUGGCAGUGGGGCUGGAUGACGAUAGCUCCAUGGCGGGUGUUUAUGUGGUUCUGGGGUUUGCCGGCGCUCGUGGCUAGUGCGGCGCUGUUGUCACUGCCGGAGUCGCCGCGACACGUCCUCGCCACCAAGGGCCCUGACGCCGCACUACCCAUCCUGGCCCGUAUGUACGCCUGGAACAAAGGCAAGACUGUCGACUCGUUCCCUGUGAGUAAGAUCACAGCGAGUACGACUGAGUCAUGUCGCAGCGGGUUCGGGGAGGCGCUGCGUAACAUCUCCCUCAUGGUGCGGCCGCCGCUGGCGCGUUGCGUGCUUAUCUCACACGUCUCCAUGUUCGCCGUCUUCAUGCUAUCGAGUGGUCUAUACAUGUGGGUGCCGGACAUCCUCAACAACAUUUUAAACAGCAAGAGCGAGCAAAGUAUCACGAUAUGUCAAAUUAUACACAACAAGUUUAAAGCCGCACAGAACGUCACGCACGAUGCAGGAUACCACUACUGCCGCACUGACGUGUCAGUUGGCGUGUUCCCCAUCUCAAUGGGCAUGGGCGCCAUGUUCGCUAUCGUCUACCUCGCUAUUGGGUUCUUCAUUGAUAAAAUAGGCAAGAAGACGCUUCACUGCAGUAUAUUGAUAUUCUGCGGCGCGGCGACGAUAGGCGCUGCGUUUGUACCGCAAGGUGGUCUGGCCACCGUUCUGCUCGUGUUGUCUCUGUGCUGCGGCUGCGCGGGAUCCAUCCUUGCCGCCAUCGCUGUAGAUGUCUUCCCGACGUGUCUCAGGGCAAUGGCGAUGUGUCUGAUGUACAUGGUGGGUCGCGCGGGCGCGGCUGUCGGCUCCAACCUGCUGGGAGCCACGCUGGACCGCCACUGCCAGCUCGCCUUUACCUUCCUAGGCAUCUUUACUAUGUGUUCAACAAUAUUAAUGUUGUUUUGGCCCGCACCGGAGCACGUCCGACGCAAAAUGGAAGAAAAGGGUUUAAGUUACUAGGAAAUUUGUGUAAACGAGACUGAUCGGUUAAAGAAUAAAUGUUAAUGUUUACGUUAGUUCUUAAUGUAUGCUGCAUGUAUGUUUAAAUACAAGAAUUUUAUUCAUUUUAA